ACGAAUGGGGAGGACUGAAUGGGUUCAUUAGUUUGAGAUCUCUAAGCAGACACCUGACCCUAAGCAGAGGCAGAGUGGUUAUUUCCUUCGACAUUGAGAGGGGAAGAGAAAAAAGAUGGAUGCCACGCGGAAGCAGCUAUGACGACGUAAGGGAGCUGAAUCGGAAGUACUACGACCGCGAUGUCUGCCUCCUCUACUUGUCUGGCCUUUGCCCUCACGAGCUCUUCCAAAUAACGGUAUUCUCCUCAUUGAUUCGAUAAUCCGUUUCUCUAUUCUUUAUGCUUUGAUAAUUAAUUGUUAAUGGUUGAUAGCCACUUUCUUUCCCUUUGAACCCUACUUUUAUGUUUUCGAAGUGAUUGUCUGUGUUUGGUUUCUGAGAAAAUUUGGGGUUUUAGAAGCAAUAGAAGUUUUUGGGGAUG